AUGAGUGUUAAGACAAACGACGUGAAGAAAUUAGGAUUCACUAACGAGGAAAUAAACGAAAUAUUGGAUGAAGCAGGAAUAGAAGUUAGCAGAUAUUAUUUAAGAAAUUGCCAAAAAUUCGCGGAGUUAUUAAAUGAUUUAGAUUAUGAGGGUGAGAUGAAUAAAGAUGAUGUUAUAAAUUUCUUAUAUCCUACAUCUGACGGGAAUGAAGAAAAGCCGCAAAGUGGCGGGGCUGAUGUCCAUGAAAAACUUAAAGAAGUUCAAGAAAUUGACGAUAAUGUUUAUGAAGAACGUAGAGGAGAAGAUGAAUUUUAUGAACAAGAUGAAAAGAAAGCGGAGGAAGUAAGAAAUGAAAUUGAUGAGGAAAUAAAGAAUGAAAAAGAAGUGGAGGAAUACAUGAAUGAAAUAAAUAAAGGGAAUUUAGAGAUGGACGAAGAAUACGAGCGUGAAUUAAACGCAGAAGCUAUGAGGAUUUAUGAAGACGUGAAGAGUUACAACGAUGAUGUAAAAGAAAGAAUCGAAGGUACAUUUGAAAGAUUAGAUAAAAAUCCAUUCGGGGAAAAGUUAGACUUGAGAAUUUAUGGAAAAGAUGAACUCAGGGUUGUGGAUCAGAAAUUAAAAGAAUUUUACGAAAAGCAUAUAAUGACUCAACCGAUUGAAAGAAAAAUUUUGGUUCAUUAUAUCGUAAAUGGUCAGGAGAGAAGCCAACCAAUCGAUAAAGAAAGUUUUAGACAAAGAUUCGAGCAAAUGUUAAAUGGUCAGUUCAUUUAUAAAAUCGAAGAAUUAAGCGGCAACAUUUCAGAUGAUGGCACCAAAUUAUAUUUGGAAUUUUUCGAUGUCAUAUAUUUCACCAUUCAUGAUAAGAUAAAGAAGCCAGCAAAUGCUAAAAACAUGAAAGAGAGCAAUUUUUGGUGUUAUAGAUUGAAGAAAGGAUUUGAAAUUUUUGAACCAUUCCUUAAAAGGUAUCAAAUAUUCACGAAAUUGACAAAUGAAAAUAAUGAGUGCAGAGAGGAAAUGAAAUAUAACUGUUUAUUAUAUGCUUUAAGUUUUACUAUUAAAGAUGAAAAUUUAUUAGUGGAGAUUUCGAACAGGUUUUUAGAUUCUAAAUAUUGUCCCACUAAUGUUUUAAGUAAGAUUUGCGAUGAAUACAAAAUAAAAUGUGUGUUAAGGUAUGUAGACGAUAAAGUGGUAAGGUAA